AUGAAGCGAGUCGAGCACGGAGUGGGCACCGAUGGCACUGCUGGAGAGACGUCCAUGGCGUUGGGUGCUAUUGGAGAAACGCCUAAGGUGUUGGGCGCCCUUGGAGAGGAAACGGGUGCUGCUUGUGAAGCAGGACUAUUGAGUGUUGAUAUGGCCCCGGGAAACACUCGGCUUGGAUAG